AUGUCUGAUCAUAUUCGAAGUUGUCUACAAUUGGAGUUGCCUCCAUCUGUAAAAAAACGACGCCUUAAUACGAAUUAUGAAUUGUGUAUAUUGUGCCAAAUUAGUACCAAGUCGCCUUUGGUUAAUCCACAAAACUAUGAAAAUCUACUAGAAUGUUUAAAAAAAAGAGACGAAUGGUUGGAUCCUUUAUAUGUCAAUAUUUGUCGACGUCUUGGCAAUAUCAGUGCUGAGGAGUUAAAACAACAUAAUGCAAAAUGGCACAAAGAAUGUUACAAAAGUUGUACGCAUAAGAACAACAUGAGCCGAAUUAAAAAAAAAUUUGAAGAAGGAAAAAAAGGUACAUGUCAGGAGGAAGAAGAACCAUCUACUAGCUAUCCCGGGACAACAUAUACAUUAAGGUCAAAAAUACCUAUUUAUGACAAAAACCAAUGCUUCUUUUGCGGACAGGGUAUAAAAACCAGAAGCCCAUUAUAUUGCAUGGAAACAAGCGCAAGUGAAGCGCGUCUAAGGUUGGCAGUACAAUUAUCAAACAAUGAAAUAUUUAAAGUACGCCUAGGUGAUUGCGUAAAUCCAGGAGAUGCUCUCGCAAAGAAAAUCAAGUACCAUAAACACUGUUGGAACAAAUAUGUUGUAAAUGUACUAAGACCCAAAUAUCAACCAAAAUAUGAAAUGUUAACUGUUCACGAGCAUGCCACUGAUGUAGAAUUUAUAUCCACUGUGUUUAUGUACGAAAUGUUGUCGCCUCGCCAAGCAUCAGAAGCUAAUAAUAAAAAUGUUCGACAUACUAGGGAUAUGCCGUUGCAGGUAGCUGUAGGACUUACAGUUCAUUCGGAAACUAGAAGUAAAUUUCUUAUACAGUUUCUUCACAACUUGGGAACUUCUGUUGAGUAUAAUAAAGUAUUGCGAAUUGAGACCCAAAUAGCAAAUGAGGUUAUUAAACGUAUGGAAGCUAACGAAGGUAGAUACAUUCCACCAGACCUAGUAAAGGGUAGAUUUGUAUUCUGUGCAGCUGAUAAUAUUGACUUUCAAGAGGAUACUCCCUAUGGCAAGGGUACUCUUCACGGGACCAUAAUGGUUGUUUACCAAGAAGAGAUUAAAACAGAUGUUCCAGAUUUCAUUGUUCUUUCAGAGCCUGCGACACGACGUUCACUUCAAACUAUUCCAAACUCUAUUGCUGAGCUUUCAAAUAUCAGCGUCUCUAAUUGUAAAAAUAAUGCAAUUUAUAAUAUUCAAUCAACGGUUAAUAAUAAGAAGCAGACAAAACAACUGCUAGAUUCAAACAUGCUGGAGGAUUUAGUGUGGAUGAUGAUGCAGGUUAUCAAUAUUAAAGAGUCUAAGGAUAUUACAGAAUCUCCGGUUGGUAGUAACUUUUACCUGGAUGACAAAUGUAAUCUUUCCGAAGCAGUGUUUAGUGACGCCAUACUAAAGGAUGCAACAACAAUGUCGACGGUAGGCGCCGAGCUGUAUAAUACUUUUAAAACUGAAAGAAUUGAAAGUGGCAAAACAAAUUUUUGGGAUAAAAUAUCAAAAGUUAAGCUAAACUUAUGCAAAACUGCUUGCAAGAAAGUACGAACAGUGAUAGCUAAUAAAAUUGUCGAUAUAAAGUCGGAUCGAUCUUUGUUCACCCGCUUGCUAGUUGCAUCAAGAAGUCGACCAGAUAUCAAUCUUAAGCAGUCAUUGGGUACUUAUGAGUUUUCUGCUGUUCCGCGCUCAAUGUUUGCAUUAGAUGGCUCACAGUUAUUAUGUACAAACAAAAGCAACCUGAUGAAACUGUUAGAGCAAAAAGCUUGCAAAACUGAUAAAUGUGCAGAAGAUUUAACACCGUCAGAUCCAGAUCAGAAAGAUUGUACAACUGGAAAAUCUUCAAAUAAAACACCGUCAGAUUCAGACAAUUCUAAAAGAUUUACUGUUGCAAUUAUUGAUGGUAUGGCAGAAGUACAGGCAAUGAAGAAGCCACUGCACGUUAAAACAUGUUAUGACCUGGCUGUUGAAUUUAAUAAAAAGCUUGACCAUAUACUAUCAAAGUAUGAUGAAACUCAUUUGGUUUUUGACACUUACAAAGAGAAGUCCCUUAAAUCUUUUGUUCGGGAGAAAAGAAAUGGAAAAUCACAAGCAGUUCAAUUUAAAAUCACAGAUACAACCAAUAUUGGGAAAAUAUCACUAAAAGUAUUGCUUUCUCAUGACUACAACGAUGACAUAAGGCAGGAACAGAUGUGGGAGAUGCAGGUGCUGUCGAGCCAGAGGAACAACAACAAAGGCGACGGAGAGGGCGCAACGACGCUGCCGAACGUAAACGCGGGCGGCAUGGAGAACUCGCCGGGCGAGGACAGGCUCAGCGGGGACGGAAUCCUGGAGACGGGGUCGCACAGUCCGCACGACAUCGCCAGCGAACACCCGGCUCUACGUGGAGUCGCUCCACCGUUAGUCGGUAGGUGGUCCAAAUAUAUUUCACAAGUCAUCGUUAAGAGAGAUUAUCCCAAUCUUUAUUGA